AUGGGCUGCAUCAGCUCUAAGCCGGCCGUGCUGGAGGCCCCCGUGAUUGCGGAGAAGGCGGCAGCGAGUCCCGGUGUCGAGGUGGAAAAGCCUGGCGUGGAGGUGCCGGCGAGCGGUGGGCGCGAGGACUCAUCUCAGCUGCUGGUGGUGCUGAACGAGGUGAUCUUACCUGAGGACGAAGACGUGCGGUGGGAGUCUCUCAACUCGUACAACAUCCUUGACACGGUGCCCAUCUCGAUGAUUACGUUCGUGGAUAAGGACAGGGUGUGGCUCAAGUCCGUCCAGGGGCUGUCGGGUUUCACGGAGGUGGACAGGCGCUGCUCCAUAUGCGCGUGGGCGCUGCUGAGCCGGCACCCUGAAGCGCUGGUCAUCCCUGAUCUGCGGUUGGACAUCCGGUUCAAGGACUACCCCAUAGUGACCGGGUGGCCGCACGCGCGGUCCUAUGCUGCAGCGCCCCUCGUCACAUCCGGCGGCCAGCGGCUCGGCACGCUGUGA